CCCGAGGAAGGAGGAAGUCACAGCAUACAGCCAGGUGAAUGUAAUGAGAAGAAGUGGUGGCCACAGUGUGAAGCUGCCUUCUGUCAGGGGGUGAAAUGUCUGUCGACGGCACGAAGCUGCUGUUUGAGGGGUUUCUGCAAAAAAGAAAAGACAACUUGAAAAUAAGAUGGGUGACCUACUGGUUCAGGCUUCAAAACACUACUUUGUUUUUUUAUACCAAGAAAAAUGGCAGCGCUUCGCACUUAAGAGGCUAUUACUACAUUUACACAGUCCAGUCGGUGCGAGAGGUCCAGAGAACCGACAAGAAGCACUUUCUAUUUGAAAUCAUCAUGACCAAUGGAAAGAAAAAGAUGUUGGCAGCAGAGACGGCCGCCCUCAGAAAAGAGUGGGUUGGACACCUUUGGCAGGCAAUGCAGCUCUCCUCUUCUGGACUUUCGGACUCUAGAGACCCAGACCUGGAGAUGUUCGAUCAGCGAGGGAGUCUAAGCAGCAACAUGUCCAUCAUCUCCCUGUGCAGCGACGGCGUGAGGGAGGUGCAGCCGACUCGCCCCCUCUCCGCCUCCUCAGAGCACAUCUACUCAGAGACCGAGGGCUUCACUUCGUCCAUCUGCCCGCCCGAGGACGAGGACGAGGACGGCGACGACGCAACGUACCAGAACCUGCGAAGACCCCUCACCUCCAUCGAGCCCCCCGAUGAGCCCCCCGAGAUGAGCGAUGAAGAGCAAACACAGGAUGUCCUCUAUGACGUCUUACCUGCCAGAAAAAGUACAUGUGAAGCCCCUCCAACACAAGCGCAUGAUUCUGUGUACGACUUCCCUUUGUCUUACAAGACAUCCAGUGGUUACCAAGACCCCACAGACGGCGUGUAUGACGUCCCCGCUUCUGACCACAAAGAUGAAAUCUACGACGUCCCUGUGUCCGAACGCAAAGACGCGGUCUACGACGUCCCAGCACAUCUGCUGAGGACAAAGAGCGAUCACCCUGAAGACGAGCAGCCGGAGGAGGGAACCUACUGGAGGAUAUGAAGAGAGGAAAGCAACAAACCGGGAGCACUUUUUAUUUUUUUAAUUUUCUUUUUUUUUAUUUUUUUAUUCCACUCUACGUCCAACUUGUGGAUCACAAUUAGAGCUGUGCAGUAUGUUGUAUUCUAAUCGCGGUAUGAAUGUUUGCAGUGCAAUUGCAAAAAGAAACAAAGCAAACACACACAAAAAAAAAAACAGAUUGAAUGCAUUAUGGUUGUAUUUUAUAUGCCCUGCUUGACAGCAGUGUAUUUGAGCACUUGGAUUUAAAGCUAAAUGGACUUUAAAGCUUUAUGACGUGGAAGAUAAUAUUGAGGAAAACGUGAGUUAAUCACAAUCCAUGUCAUCAUGGCGUCGCAUUCAUUAAUAACGUCAUAACUUCUUUCCCCUCUAAUAUUUCGCAUCCAGAGCCAACGUGUAUUUAUUUUUCUUACCUAAAACUACAGCUACAGUUAAAAGUUUGGGCAGGAACACAGAUGUGUUUUUGUUUGUUUUUGCGGCAUCCUGAAGAAGAUUGAAAAGCUUUUCUCAUGUUUUCAGUGACUGGGAUAAGGAGGACGGUUUGUUAAGCUUUACACCCCACGCGUGGUUUACUUUACUCCAGCUGUGGUGCGACUCACGCUUCUCUACAUGCAGCCUUAUGCAGAGAAGUGAUCAACAGUGUAUUGGUAAACUGCAGCAGCUGGUUACCUUCUUAAUCAUAUUUAUGUAUUAAAAUCCUAUCACUCUUUAAAUAAAUUAUUUUUUAUGAGUCUCAAAUCUUUAAAGAUCCGUUUGAACCGAAGGGGGAGCCUAAAUCAGACACUUUGUACACAUAAAUUAAAGGAAUCUGUCUGAAAAUAUAUUACAAUAUUAACAUCUAAACUGAGAAAUGAAUGAUAAUGUUGAAUGCAGUCAAUAAAAGAGUAAAAAAGAAGCUUAUCACUAAUUACUCUAACAUUGAUAAAUUAUAUUAUAUUUGUUUACAACAAAUGAAAUCAUACAAACAUGGAAGAGGGGAACCUUUGAGAGGAACUAAGAAUAAAACAAUCAGAUAAUCAAUGUCUGAUAAUAUUUUACUUCAUCAUAAUUAAAUCAUAUAAUCUGUCUCGGA